AUGGCAAAUACUUUUAUCUACUCCAAGUAUAAUGAGGCGAGUCGAAAUACUCCGGGAGGCACAUUAACUUAUAUGUAUCGUUGGAAAAUCACAAAUUGGAGUGAUGUGCGGCCAUUCGUUGAACAUACCAGCCCCUCUUUUAGUGCCGACGGACUCCAUUGUACUAAAUACACUGGAAUUCUACAAAGGGUCUUCAAGUCCACUUUUAUGAACUUUGUUUAUCUGUAUCCAAAACACCAAAAGUUUUAUAAAGGGCGCCAGAAAAACCCACAGGCGAUCUCCUUGUAUUUGGGUAUUUUAGAGACAACUCCAGGAUGCUUAAGAGGGAUUCGGAAAAAAGUGUCGAUCGUUUUUGUGCUAGAGAAUUUGCGUACGCGGGGAAUGGAUUUUGGGAAGAUGGAAUUACCAGUCUGGUUUUGUGAAAGACAUUCAACAUGGGGAGAAGAGAAUCUAAUGUCGCUAGAUGAAAUGGACAGAUUCAUCAGCAACGACACAAUAUCACUACUCGUAAAAUUCGAGGUCCAAGAAUCAAUCAUUGACGCACCACCAACAAUCAACAAUCCAUUUGCAAAACUAGUAGAUUCUCCUCAAUUUUCCGACGUGACAUUCCGCGUUAUCGAUGAACGCGCUCGCGAAAAAUCAUUCUACGCGCACAAAGGAAUACUGGCAAGUGCGUCGCCGGUAUUCGAAGCGAUGCUCACAAACGGAAUGAAAGAGACUUUCGAGGACGAGAUACAAUUGUGCCAAACAAAUCACGCGGCGUUUCGUGCUCUGCUGACGUUCAUCUACACGUUCAAGUUUCAUAUUGGAUCGUUGAUUGAAGCGGAAAAAUUGUUGGGGUUGGCGGAUAGGUUUGGAAUCGUGCCGGUGCGUGAGGAAUGUUUGCGGUAUCUACGUUUGGAAUUGAAUGAUGAUAACGUUUGGGGAAUUUGGGGAUUAGCAGUAAAAUACACUUGUCCCAAAACUAACAAUACUUGCCGAGAUUAUGUCGCCCUUCAUCUUGGUGAUCUCUUGGAUAAACAGUCAACACUCGAAGCCGAUCCCAAUAUACUUCGCCUAGCACUCGAAAAUGAUGAAGCGAAUGUUAGCUCAGAAGAGAAAAUAUUUGAAAUGGUGAUACGAUGGGCAAACUUUAAUGCACGUUUUUCCACAAGCAAUGCGUCAACAGAUACGCUCCCACUAUCACUAUCGUCAGCAGACGGAGAUAGAGAUGUAUCCACCUCACAAGAUGAUUCUUCAGCAUCAAUGCCCUCCGAACUUCCUGAUAAAUCUUAUGAUGAUUGUUCAUCUGCUAUAAAAGACACAGACUCUGAAGAAUUCAAUGAAUCCGAACUAUUUCCAAGACCUUGGUGUGGCGACAGACAGGCCGCUCUUCCCUCAUUAUUAGAAUGCGUGAGAUUCCCAAUGAUGCAAAAACGGUACCUGCUCGAGAAAGUUGAAAGCAACACGAUGGUGAUGUCAGCUGAUGGGAUGAAGGAUUUGUUGAUCGAGGCUUAUCGAUACCAUCUUAUGCCGGACAUGAAACAUUCUUUAAGUGACAGGCAUCGACGACGAAAGGCGAAAUCGGCUGAUUAA